AGGCUUUGAUUUCAGUUCCUGAAGAGCGUCCCAAAAGGAAACUUCGUUCACCAUCCCGUUACACCCCAGGUUCAGAGGCACUACAAAAGUGCAAGAAGCAACGCCCGUCGCAUAUACUUUGCCCAUUUGCGGUAGACCCUUUUGCUAAGUUGAAACCUCCAUCUGAGUGGCUCAGGUUCACACAGUUCAUCAUGCAAGGAGUAGUAAGAGGGCAUAGAUCUACUUCUGUACCCAAGAAAUUUUUAUCAGAAGAAUAUAAAUCAAUUCAGUUGAUUUUUUUCUAUGACGUGGUCAUAGAUAGAAAGUCAUGGAUCUACCAUUUACAUGAGCCCGCACAGUGGUUAGACGCCAUGCAUGUUCAAGUAAUAUGCUUCUAUCUCCGUAUGAAAGCAGCCACAUAUCCAUACCCUGAAAAGUUCUCCACUUGUUGCACAUACAUCCCUGAUUAUUUGAAUAAGAUGUAUGAUAAAUACAAGGUUGGCGUUGUUCAUCCUGAAGACUCUGCCUCUGAUGGUUAUUUAGUGGAAGAAACAGCAGGUGCAGAGGAAAUCUACAUGCUACCAUUCUGGGAUUGUGAUCGUGUCUACAUUCCUUUGAAUCUCUUUGAUACGCACUAGUAUUUGGUGGUGUUGGAUAUUCACAGUCACUGUUUGUUUAUGUACGACUCAAACAUUCUCCGUGCUACUAAGAAAC